AUGACUGGAAAUUACUGGGGCCCCACUCUGGAGCUGGGCCUGGGGGAGGGGCACAAUGGCGAGCACCUGGUGUUCGGGUCUGCAUCCAUGUGGCCUGGCCGGGCACGGCCCACAGAGGCAACGCACCAGGAUACCCUUGGCCAUGAGUCAAUGAUCAACUUCGUAGUAGUGCCGUCAGACCUGUGGCCCUAUGUCUUGGACAAUCAGGUGACGAGAGGGGCGGAGCUGUCAACUGAUCACCACCUGGUGAGUUUCAACUCUGUCAGAAAGAGUUUCAACUCCCACCUCUGUCAGAACUUCUACCAAGUCCUGAGGGAGACGGGAGACACUGAGUCCGAGAGGGCCAUGUUUCGUGUCUCCAUUACGGUAAGGGAUACCAUCGAGCUGAAGAAGGAGUCUUAUCGGGGCUUUUUGGCCUGUGGGACUCCAGAGGCAGCUGGUAUGUACCGGCAGGCCAAGCUGAAUGCAGCUUUGGCGGUUGCUUACACAAAAACUCAGACGUGGGAGGAGUUUGAUGAGACCAUGGAAAAUGAUUUAUGGAUGACCUCGAGGAGGUUCUGGUCAAUGAUCAAUGAUCAAUGGAUGUUCCACGUUCUCAUAUUGUUUGGAAACCUACUUGUAAUAAUCUCUAUUGUUUACUUCAAACAGCUCCACACUCCUACAAACUUCCUGAUGCUCUCUCUGGCUGUGGCUGACCUGCUAGUUGGACUUUUAGUUGUGCCUUUCAGUAUCGUGCUCUUUGUGAAAUAUUGGUAUGUUGAAGAUUUACUUUGUAAGGUACGAGGCAGUUUAGAAGUGUUACUGUGCAAUUCUUCCAUUUGGAAUUUGUGCUUCAUUUCUGUUGACAGAUAUUACGCAGUGUGUCAGCCUCUGAGUUACGGAAUUAAAAUAAAUGUCCGUGUUGUUGGGAUCAUGAUUCUGGUGUCCUGGACUAUUGGCACUCUAAAUGGAAUUAUUUACACAUUAAAGACCCCAGACAAAGGACAAAAAAACGAUAGAUGUGUUUUAUUUCAACAGAAAACACAGAGUACAGUAGUUGUGGCAGUUUUUAUUGCAUUUGGCAUCCCAGGUACCAUAAUGUCUUCAAUCUACCUAAAGAUUUUGAUGGUGGCAAAGAAACAGGCACGCAGCAUCCAGAGCAUGGCAAAAUCUAAUGCAAAUGUCAGUAAAGUGGAGAGAAAGGCGACUAAAACUCUGGCUAUUGUGAUGGGGACUUUUAUCAUGAGUUGGACGCCUUUCUGUCUCUGUCUCAGCUUUCAUCCUUUGAGCAAUUAUACAAUACCACUUAAUGUACUUCAGUCAUUUAAGUGGCUUGGAUGGUCAAACUCAAUGUUCAAUCCAUUUAUUUAUGCUUUCUUUUACAGCUGGUUUCGAUCAGCUUUUAAGAUGAUCAUUACAGGGAAAAUAUUUACAGAUGAUGUUUCUAAUUCUAAACUCUCUUGA